GAGCCGCUUGGAGAAAGAAGUUGCGAGUCGAAGAGUGUAAGACUCAGUGAGUGGAUGACAUUCUCUUAUGAUCAACCAUGGCAAACAAGAUAAAAAAACAAAUAGUACACAACACAGAUAUGAGGAAAUUGGUCCUCUUUAAUAUGAAAAUAUGGGCAUUGCUUUCAGUAUUCCAUUUGCUUACACUGUGUGAGACUGAGAUCUCAGCUGUAGCCAAAACUACCAUUAAUGCCAUUGUGGGAGAACAGGUUUUGUUCCCGGUACAUAACCAAUGUGGAGCUCAGUAUGAAAUAACACUUGUAGCAAAAUCACCAAUUCAUGCUAAACUUGCUUCAUGGGGAUUCAACACGUUUGAGAAACAUGCAAUGUAUGAAAACAGACUUCAAAGGAGCAUGAAUGAUUCUGUGAUGCUGCAAAAUGUACAGAUUAAUGACACUAAAUUAUAUGGAAUACAAGUCGAUUGCUACAGCAGAACAGUGACAGAGACAAGUGAAACAUUAUUUGAUUUGCAAGUGUUUGAGCCAGUUUCCAAGCCUUUGAUAACAAUAAAUUGUUCAGCUACAAUUAUCACCCUGAGCUGCUCAGUGUCCAGGGGAACAAAUGUCACAUUUCUCUGGGAAAAAUCUUUGUCUGGAGCCAUCAAUACAGCCGAUAAUGGGGCAGAACUAGUGCUAGGCCAUGUUAGCGAACAUGAACAAUACCUAUACAGAUGUAUAGGAGAGAAUCCAGUCAGCAAUGCAAGCAGUGAUCCAAGCAUCAUAAAGCAGUGUAAUAGGAAGAAUGCUAAAGAUCGGAAGGAACUGCACUUGAUAAGUGCUGCAAUAGUAUGGCUUCUUGCUUUAAUUUUAUUUGUAUUCAUCUGCUACAAAGUAAAACGGACUGCUCGUAACAAAGCAAGCAAUACAGCAACACAAAUGAGGAAUGAAGAAAUAACUUACCUCAAAGAUGGAGCUAUUGAAGCCACAUAUAUUACAAUAAUUGAUUCAAGCUAAACACUGCCCAUUAUCUGCAGAGUGCUACUUGUACUAUUAGUCUGUUGGUGAAAAAAAAUGAUUAUCAGUAAAAAUGGAAGGAAUAGAAGCUUACUGGGCUGCAGAAUGAGAAUCAUUGGUAUGAGGUUUUUCAUGAAGCUUUACUGUGUCAGAGAUUGUAAUAGAAUUGUGAAUUUUAUGUUGCCACCACACUCUGACAAAACUGCAGUUUAGAUCAUUGCAUUAUACAUGCAUGCCAUCAGGCAGCAGACACUGAAUGCUUAUCAGGGUCCUGACAAUUUGUUCCACUGUCUGCUCUGGGGAACACUGGUGCCAAUUGCAUCAGAUUGUCUCUCCAGCAGCAAUCAGCACAUUCAUUCUGAUGACUGAUGUGCAUUUUUAGUUUUGCUAUGUUGCAUGUCUGUAUAUUAAAGGUGGAA